AUGGAGAAGGAGAGGAGAGGAAGAGGUUUUGUGCUGAGUUUUAUUCUAGUUGGGUUGUUUUCUCAAAGCUUGAUUCCUCCUGUUAUGUGUAGAAAGCUAGGGGAGUUAUCUGACCAGAAGAACUACUACUCAAGCCCACACACUGGGAGUUCCAACAAAAACCCAGAUUGCUCUACACCAACACACACGACCCCAACACCAUCCUACGGCACCCCGACGCCGGUUAGCCACCCCACUCCGUCGAAUGCCCCUGUCGUCGCGCCAUACACCCCAACUACUCCGGUCACCGCUCCCUCCACUCCGGCCACCGUUCCCUCCACUCCGGACACUGCUCCCUCCACCCCCACCAUCUCCACCCCGUCCCCGUUGAUCCCAGUUGAUCCUCAUUUCCACUACUUCACUGGCUCCUGCGACUACUGGAGGAGCCACCCUGAGGCUAUCUGGGCCAUCUUCGGCUACUGGGGCACCGUCGGCCAGUACUUCGGUGCAGCGUCCGGCGCGGCGUUCGGGAAGAGCAUGAGCCUGCCGGAUGCGCUGGCGAACACGCGCCACGACGGUAUCGGCGCGCUCUUCCGCGAGGGGACGGCCUCGUUCCUCAACUCCAUCGUCAACAGGAAUUUUCCGUUCACCACCCAGCAGGUGAAGGACGCGUUCGCCGCCGCAGUCUCCUCCGACGGCGCCGCCACCGCCCAGGCCGGGCUCUUCAAGCGGGCCAACGAGGGCCGGCUCAAGUUCUAGAACCCCAAAAGAAAUACAUGCAUGCACGUAUGCAUGCAGUGAUGUUUUUUUUUUUUUUUCCUUUUUUUUUUUUUUUAUGUGAUCCAAGCUACGGUUUGCUUUUUGUUAUGAUUUUUAUUAUUAUUACGUGUUGUGUAUCUUUCUUAAUUGUUUGAUGGGUCGUUUGUUUGGUGGCUGGAUUUGGGGAUUGGUGCGUGGUAGUGUCGUUUGUUUGCUGUAUCUUGUUAAGAUCUGCAUCAUUUUAAAUAUACAUCUUGGUCUA